GAGUUUUUGUUGUUGUUAUGUUUUUCUUUUUGUUUUUUGUUUCGCCUUUAAAAAUGACUUAUUAUAGUUCAAUAAAUAAUUUAAAUAAUAACUGUCUUUUUCUUUGCAGAGACAGCAGUCAGACACUUAAAGCACAGACAUCUGGAAACAAUCAGAAGGACAACAUGGAAGAAUCGGAGAAAAGGGUUGUGACCCACGGGGUCAGAUGCUUUUCCAAGAUCAAGAUGUUUUUGUUGGCAUUAACAUGGGCAUAUGUAUCCAAGUCACUAUCAGGAAUUUAUAUGAAUUCCAUGCUCACACAGAUAGAGAGACAAUUUAACAUCCCCACAUCAAUAGUUGGAUUAAUCAAUGGGAGCUUUGAGAUUGGAAACCUUUUGUUGAUUAUAUUCGUGAGUUAUUUCGGAACAAAGCUGCACAGACCUAUCAUGAUUGGUGUUGGAUGUGCAGUUAUGGGCCUAGGGUGUUUCUUAAUGUCGCUGCCUCAUUUCCUCAUGGGCCGAUAUGAAUAUGAAACAACGAUUUCAUCUGCAAGCAACUCAUCCUCAGACAGCUUCUUGUGUGUGGAAAACAGAACCCAGAUCUUGAAGCCAACUCAAAACCCAACAGAGUGUGUGCAAGAAGUCAAAUCAUUAAUGUGGAUAUAUGUAAUGGUAGGAAAUAUCAUACGUGGAAUGGGUGAAACUCCCAUCAUGCCCUUGGGUAUUUCCUAUAUAGAAGAUUUUGCCAAAUCAGAAAACUCCCCUUUAUACAUUGGAAUUUUAGAAACAGGAAGAAUCAUUGGCCCUUUGUUUGGACUUUUGUUGGGAUCUUUCUUUGCAAGGAUUUAUGUAGACACUGGGUCUGUGAAUACAGAUGAGCUGACCAUAACUCCCACUGACACACGCUGGGUCGGUGCCUGGUGGAUUGGGUUUCUGAUCUGUGCAGGAGUGAAUAUCCUCACCAGCGUCCCAUUUUUCUUUUUUCCAAAAGCACUCCCAAAGAAGGGACUGGAGGAUAAUGGGGAUGUGACCAAAACUGGAAAAGAAGAGAAAGAAAGAGAAAAGACCAAGGAGGAAAAGCAUGGGAUUACUAAAGAUUUCUUGCCAUUCAUGAAGAGCCUGUCCUGCAAUGCGAUUUACAUGCUUUUCAUCCUUAUAAGUGUGCUCCAGUUCAAUGCAUUUAUUGAUUCAUUUACCUUCAUGCCUAAAUACCUGGAGCAGCAGUAUGGAAAGUCAACUGCAGAGAUAGUCUUUCUCAUAGGUCUUUAUAACCUACCUCCAAUAUGCCUUGGAUAUUUAGUUAGUGGCUUCAUUAUGAAGAAAUUCAAGAUCACUGUCAAGAAAGCUGCAUACAUAGCAUUCUGCCUGUCCCUGGCUGAGUACCUCCUAUCUUUCUGUAACUUUCUGAUAACCUGUGAUAAUUUCCCAGUCGCCGGCUUAACUACCUCUUAUGAUGGAGUUCAGCAGCCUCCAUAUGUGGAGAAUAAGGUCCUUGCUGACUGCAACACCGGGUGUAGCUGCUUAACAAAAACAUGGGAUCCAGUGUGCGGCGACAAUGGCAUAGCGUACAUGUCAGCCUGCCUUGCAGGCUGUGAGAAGUCUGCUGGAACAGGAAUCAACAUGGUGUUUCAAAACUGCAGCUGCAUUCACUCAUCAGGAAACUCAUCUGCUGUCCUUGGGCUGUGUAAGAAGGGCCCUGACUGCGCUAUCACACUGCAGUACUAUUUAAUCCUGUCAUUAUUUGGCUGUUUCAUCUACUCUCUAGCAGCCAUUCCUGGGUACAUGGUUCUCCUGAGGUGUAUCAAGUCUGAAGAGAAGUCACUUGGGAUUGGAUUACAUGCAUUUUGCACAAGAAUAUUUGCUGGCAUUCCUGCACCUAUUUACUUUGGCACUUUGAUAGACAGGACCUGUUUACAUUGGGGAACUCUGAAAUGUGGUGAGCCAGGGGCAUGCAGGAUGUAUGACAUAAAUAGCUUCAGGCGCAUUUACCUUGGGUUGCCUGUAGCACUAAGAGGAUCAAGCUAUCUCCCAGCACUCUUCAUCCUAAUACUUAUGAGGAAGGCCCAAUUGCCUGGGGAAAUCGACUCUUCAGAAACUGUUCUUGCAGAGAUGAAGCACACAGAGAAGAAAAACAUGGGUGUGCACGAAAGCCCUGAGGCUGAGAAUGAUGGAGAACUGAAAACUAAGCUAUAGUGAGUUUUCCACUGGCCU